ACCAGACGUUUUUUUUUCUACCGCUGAAAACAGAUAUGAGUGUAAUUGCAUUAAAAGUCUCAUUUCAUAUUGAUCCGUCUGCACAAAUAGCUAUCUGAGCAAGAAGGACAAGAUUAUUUAAUGUAAUUUUGUUUUUAUUUCCCCUGGGUUUUUGGUCGCACAGCGGAGAGGUGAGAAGCAGACAACACUUUGUGAGUACACGGUGUAUGUUGCCUGCUGAGCGUCCGAGCAAAAGAAACAGCCCGUGAGGGGGACAGUAUUCACUUUCUUUUGGCCUGCAUGAUGAUUGCGGGAACAGACGCACCAAGUAACACAGCAAGUACAAACUCAGUGGAGCUUGAUGCGGAGCAUGCGCAGAGAGUCCCAGGGGCAGAACAGGGAGGGGUCCCACCCCCCCAGGUCAAGCUGAAGGAGAGGCAGAAAUUCUUCGAGGAGGCCUUCCAGCAAGACAUGGAGCAGUACCUGUCUAGUGGCUACCUGCAGAUCGCUGAGAGGAGAGAGCCAAUAGGAAGCAUGUCGUCCAUGGAGGUGAAUGUGGACAUGCUGGAGCAGAUGGAUCUGAUGGACAUGUCUGAUCACGAAGCCCUGGAUGUGUUUCUGCACUCUGGGGGAGAGGACAACAGCGCUGCCUCGCCUGUCACAGGUCCAGAUGUUGAGUCCUUCACCACAGAGAUCAGUCUCCAGGUUCCCACCCAGGCUGAGCUACGCCACAAGCUUUCUUCCCUUUCAUCCACCUGCACCGACUCAGCCAGCCAGGACACGGAGGCCGGGGAGGAGGAGGAGGACGAUGAGGAGGAGGAGGAGACUGAGCACGGAGGAAGUGGAGGUGGAUCAGGGGGAGGAAUAAGGAGGAGAAGGCCCCCCGUGGUGGUGACCCUGGAUGAAGAGGAGGUGCACCCUGAUACAGCGUUGGUGGACGUGGUGGACCGAGAGGAGCAGGCCAGCAAAGACUGUGAGGAGAGCAGGCCGAAGGUUUGAGGACAGACGGGACUGAAUUAAAACACAAACACACAAACACACAGAGCUGUGAAAUCAAACUCGGAUUGGCUUCCUUUCUCAAAUUCCUUUCAUACUGAAGAAAAAUAUAUGAAAGAAAAUACACAGAGGUUGCACUAACUGCCACAUGACCUUGCCUUAAAAGACCACUAAUGUGAGUUUUCAAUUCUAAUUGAAUCAUGUAAAAUAGGUUUGAGUUUCCUUUAGCAUAAUGAAAGGCUUAACAUGCACAUAAAUAGUUCAACAUUAUUCAGAGAACGCUCUAAUAUUCUGUUUGUGCAUGUUGAGACCGGGAGAGGCCUGCUACUGAUAAGUGAUAGAGUAAAGUAUACACUAAACUCAUCCAUGUGUCCCUGUUAGGGUUCUUUGUUUUCGUGCUCCAUGCUAACACGUAAGCGUUCACUGUGCUGACAGACUGCAGCUGUCAAGCAUUAAUAUAUGUGUUGGUGAUUGGUGAAACCUUUGCACAAUAGAAAUAUAUGAUGGUGUCUUUUUAACUAAAUGCUCUAUCAUUUAUGACCUUUUAUUUUUAAAACUUACUGCAGGUCACAUAAAGGAAAUAUUUUUUAAAUCAUUAAAAGUUUAGUCUUCUUUGGACUGUAUGUUGUCACCCAAAUUAUCGAAAAAAUUUCACUUAUCUCUAGUGGAAUUUAGCCAUGCAGAUAGUUUUGGUUUUAUUUCCCCCGAGUCUUGACAUAUCUGUCUUCAGAGAUUUUUGCUGCUACCCCAAUGCAACGGAGGUGAAAGGAAUAUUGUUUUUAAUGCUUAAAGUGUUGAAAAAUAAGGUUGAAAAUCAUUUAAAAACCUUAACAGUAGCUUGUCUUUCCAGAAACAACUUCCAGGUUAUGCUGAAUAAUUCAUAAUGUCACAGAAACUUUGAUAUUACCAAACUAAGUCUAGACCACAUUCUUUUUCAUAAUUUGGCUGAAUUGACCCUUUUUAAUGUGGCAAACUCUAACAAAAACAGCAUGAAGCACUUGACAAAUGACCUUCAGGGGGCACAUGGAUGAUUUUUUUUCUAUGACUUUAUGGAUAAGCUGAACCCCUAAAGCUUGUUGCAUUUCUUUAAGUGGUUUAUGAGCUACAUUCUGCGAUAUUUUAAAUGUAAACUACCCAUUAGAUUAUACUCUUGUGCCACUGGCUUUGAAAAACAUAGUGUAGUAACUGGCAGUCACCUGGCAGUGGGUCAUAUACCGCAUAGUACUGCAUAGCUGACAGGCUGGAGUUCAGGUACCUGAUUUAACACACACACACACACACACACACACGGAGAGUUACCCAUUGCCAUUCCUUUGACCAAUAAUAUUUGGGUAAACUUCUCUUUUUGAACGAGGACCAAUUCCCUGUUUGAACUGUGUGCUAUGCACUGGACAACACGCAGAAGGUUUAACUGUAUCCAGAUUUUUUUGUACAGAGAUGUUGACAUUUGUGCGAUGUGACAGCAUUACUCCUUCCUUUCUUUUCCCCUGCCUAAAAUUUCUGACUUGUUGGUAAUAAAUGUUUCUCCCCCAGCAUUGUUUAAUUUUCAUCUAAGCAUUUCAGGAACACGUUAAAGAAUUAAAUGUGAGCAGGAUUUAGGGGUUCAAGCAUGUUAACGGUCCCUGUGCGCCCAGUCUUGAUUUACAGCCCUGCCGGAGCUCUUUACAAAUGGAAAGCUGACACGGUGAAGGAAUGGAUAGGUGGACAGUGUUCUGCAGGAGGGGAAAAACGCUUUGAAAUACAGGAGUUUUCUCUCGGGAGGAAAAGGGUUACAUUUUACCAUGUAUGUAUUCAUUAUUAAAGUUAAAUGUUUAUUAACUGAUAAAUAAGGAAAAGCAAUACCAGUGUUACGCUGAGAGUGAAUGGCAUUUGAAGGCUGAGAGUGGAUAUGUUCAUUGUGAAUAGUAAAUAGCUGGUGUCAGUGUGUUACAGUCACUCCAGUGCACUUUAAUUAAGGUUACGAAGAACUACAGGGUCCUCCAACAGUUAGCAUGUGCAAUGUGUGACGUGUGAAUAGCCUGAUAAGCUGUGUUAAAUUAACAUAAGAGCACUUCUAGUCUACCCCACACCUGCUGCUACUCACUAUGAAACUCGAUAAUGCCACGGUACAAACCUUUGUUUUUGUAUUGUCGUAAAAGGGUCAAUUUACCCAAAUGAAACCAAACCUUGUAUAUUUUCACUUGUAUCUACCAAUGGCAAUAGUUUGGGUUUUAGUUUGUUUUGAGAUGCCUCCAUUCCUGCCUACACCACAAUACGAUAAAAAGGUGCAUGGAAAUGUGUCCAUGAAGCUCACAUCAUUCAAAAAUAAAAUAUCUAUCGGUAGUCUUAGAAAAAUGCCGAAGCAAUCAACCUCACUAUCCAAAAGAUUAUUGUAAUUUUGGUGAGAUGGCCCUUUAACAUUACUAGACUCCACCAGAUAAGAACUUUAAAUCUAUAUUAUGAAGCUGUUAAACCCCGUUUGUUCUUGCAGUUGCGUCAGAAGUCACACACAAAGAGACACAAAGUAGGUUGGAAAGAAAUGACCGUGAAUUGUCGGUAAGUUUUUAUUAAACCUUAAGUACAAACUGCAAAAGUAAAAAACUGUCAAUAUAACCAACAUCAGACUCUCUUUCCAAGUGGAGGGAAAGGCCGAGAUGCGGCACUAAUAAAUUAAGUCACCAGAGACCCCACCGUGAGCAAGUAGUUUAUACUGUAGAAAAUGGAAGAAACAAACAAAACAAAAAAAAAGAGAACUGAAAAACAAAAAAAAUCCCAUCAGAAUAAAAUAUAUUGUAAGGCCAUAAAAACUUGACAACCACUUUUUAUUAUGUUGAAAACACCCAACUUGGUAUUUCAUUAAAUAGUCCUAAAACAGUUCAGUCUUCUGCGAGGGACGACAACCAACAAACUGGAUUAUAGGAUUUUUCUUGACAGUCACCACUGGCAAGCUCAGUGCAACAUGAGUAGCUACUACAUUUUUGUUGAAUUUUCAGUAAUGAAAAUGUAAAAACCCAUUUUUUUUUGUGAACAUAUCUUUUUUUCCCUUUUCUUUAAAAAAGUAAAGCUAAACAAACAAAACUAGGUUGGGGGGCAGUUAUUGGCUACUCAAUAUCUUCUUUCUUAGUGAUAUAAGCAGCACUUAAAAUUUUUAUACAUGUUUUACCAGAGCAACCCUGUAAGCAUCAAACUCACAUGGAUGAAGAAAGGGAAAAUGUAAGGCUUUUUCUUCAUCAAGCACUCUCCUCUGGAACUUUUUCUCUCCCCUAUUCCUUCCUUUCUUUCUUCCUUAACCCCAGAAAAAGGCUCAAGUAUUUAAAGAAAUUUACAGGAUUAUGUACAAAAAAAGUUGAUGUUUUGCUUGUGUUGGACUUUUUCUUCUGUCUAAAAAUCACUCAUAAUAUAUCUGGAAAAGGGAAAAAAAUGCAAAAGCCAAAAAAACAAAAGACAAUAAAAAACAAAACAACCAAAACUUGGAUUUGAUAUUUCACAUUUUACACUCUUUGACUAGUGGCUCUACUUGAGAUAACACAUCAGAUCAACAAAAGUAAAAAACACAAAAUAAUAAUAAUAAUAUAAUAUAAUAAUUAAUGUUUACUGGUACAGAUGAAACAAGAGGACUGGAAGAAUGGAAUGUUAAUAUGAUUGCACAUCUAGAACCAGAAAAGCCUGAAAGCCUUUCUGCCCUGUGGGGUGGGGGCGCGUGAGCUAGCUGUUAGCCGAUAGCAGGCGCUAACCCCCAGAUUUAACAUUUUUGUGUUGUUAUACAGUAAUUAUAAUCAACAGCACCAAUAAAAUGGAUCUCCUUGCUAAGUAUCAGGCACGGUUUUCACUUGCUAGCGAAGGAGGGAUCCCUCCAUACUACCAGGAAGUGAGGUGAGCGAUGACCUUUCAGAGGUCAAGCAGCUGUAGCUUUGCCCCCUCUCACAUCCACCAACGAACAGAAACAUCCACAAUGACAAAAAUCAAAUACACAGAAGACUUCUUGCAAAAAACCUAGCAAAAACAAAGCUAAAAUUCAAAAUAGAACUUGAAAAAACAUAGCCAACCAACAAUAAACCAACAUCGUCUGUCUUUCAAGUUUUUACCUUGCGUCACCACCCCCCCUUUUUAAAAAAAAAAAAAACAAUGCAGAAAGCUGCAUC